AUGUCUGCUCCCAUGCUGGGAAACGGCAUGGUUGCCCCCAACAUCGCCCAGCCGCAGCAACAGCUUCAGGUUGGCCAGUCCAAUGAACUCCAGCGGAUGAUGAUGCGCGCCAGCUAUCUGCGCAAAAAUCCAUCAGACCAAAAGUACCCCAAUGAGCUCGAGAAUCUCAUGAAGUAUAUCAAUAAUCUGAAUCAACAAUUUCGCAAUCAAAUGGCGCCCACAAACGGCAUACAGUCACAGCAAGCCCCCAUGGCAAAUGGCCAUGCCCAGCUUACUAAUGGCGCAGCCCCCCCAGCGUCUGUCGCCUCUGGUGGAUCCAUGCCUAACCAAUCCAUACCUUCCACUUCCCAGACUCCAGUCUCCUUCACCGCAGAGCAGAUCAAUGCUCUUCGCGCCCAGAUCCAUGCCUACAAGCUCCUCACCCGUGGGCAGCCCAUCCCAGACUACUUACUGCAGUCUAUGCGAGUACCCAACACAACAAUUCCGGACCUCGAAAAGUUGACUCAAGGUCCUGACGUUCAGUCGAAAAUUGUAGAUGCUGCAGUAAAGGCUUCGAAGGGAGAAUCUGGCUCUGUUCCACCCCCUUCAAUUUCGGCUGUUGUUGGUCGCGAGAGUUCGGUCAAGGCUGAGGAAUCUGAACCUACGCCCAUCGACCCCGCCGAUUAUCCCAAGGGACCCUUCCUCGAGGACGACACAAACUCGCCCAUAUAUCCAUACAAUGCCUAUAGACACCCCUUUUCUCAUCUCAAGCGCCCUGCAGAUAUGGAUCCCAAGCUUUUUGCCACUCGUCUCCAAAGGCUGAUUGUGCCCACAAUCAUGCCAGCAGGCCUUGAUGCCCACCAAAUCAUCGACGAGCGUGAGCGAUUUAUCGAGGCUCGCAUCCAGCAACGGAUCAGAGAGCUCGAAGCUAUGCCUUCAACCAUGGGCGACGGCACUUUCGAUGCCAACAUUGAUGUCACCCAGGACGACAAAGUGAAAGAAGAUAAGGAAAACGAAAGCAGUACAGCCACACCCCUCGAUUCCCUCAGGCCCUAUAGUGCUCUUGUGCACCCUAGUCCAACAGCACACGGUAAACUUCGUGCUCUCAUUGAGCUCAAGUCUCUCCGAGUGCUCGACAAGCAGCGAGCUAUGCGAGCUCAAGUUGCCGAAAAACUCAUGCACGGCUCCCUACUCCCCCUCAACCGUCUCGACUACCGCCGCAUCCGCAAGCCCACCAUUCGCGAUGCCCGCAUGGUCGAGAGCGCCGAGCGCAAACAGCGCCUUGAGCGCGAACGCCGUGCAAAGCACAAGCACGUCGAGCAGCUCGGUAUCAUUUGUGCCCACGGCAGGGAUGUCAUCAAUGCCAACCGUUCUGCACAAGACAGGAUCGCUCGCCUUGGACGCGCCGUGCUCAGCUUCCACGCCCACACUGAGAGGGAGGAGCAAAAGCGCAUCGAGCGCAUCGCAAAAGAACGUCUUAGGGCCCUUAAAGCUGAUGAUGAAGAGGCGUAUAUUAAGCUGCUUGACUCCGCGAAGGAUACCCGUAUUACGCACUUGCUCAAACAGACAGAUGCCUACCUCGACUCACUGGCGCAAGCCGUCGUCGCCCAGCAGAACGAAGGAGGUCCCAUGAGCGAGCUUGGCUUCGAGCAAGAAGAUGGACCCGCCACAGAAGCUACUUUCGGUGCCCAGAUCAACGCUGAAGAUGCUGCGGAGAAUAAGAAGGUGGAUUACUACGCUGUUGCCCACAGAAUAUCAGAGAAGAUCGUCAAGCAACCUGACAUUCUCGUCGGUGGUAAACUCAAGGAAUACCAGAUUAAAGGAUUGCAGUGGAUGGUUAGUUUGUAUAACAACAGACUUAACGGUAUUUUGGCCGAUGAGAUGGGUCUCGGAAAGACCAUCCAAACGAUUUCCCUGAUCACCUUCCUAAUCGAAUCCAAGAGGCAAAGAGGGCCGUACCUCGUCAUUGUCCCGCUAUCAACCAUGACGAAUUGGUCUGGAGAGUUCGCCAAGUGGGCUCCCAACGUAAAAGUUGUAGCCUACAAAGGCAAUCCUGCACAACGUCGCGCAUUGCAAGGAGAUCUCCGUGUCGGACAUUUCCAGGUUUUGUUAACAACCUACGAGUACAUCAUCAAGGAUCGGCCUCAUCUCAGUAAGAUAAAAUGGUUGCAUAUGAUAGUCGACGAAGGUCAUCGUAUGAAGAAUACCCAGAGUAAACUCACACAAACUCUUACAACGUAUUACCACUCGCGCUACCGCCUUCUCCUGACCGGUACCCCUCUGCAGAACAACCUUCCUGAAUUGUGGGCACUGCUCAAUUUCGUGUUACCCAAGAUCUUCAACUCGGUCAAGUCGUUCGACGAAUGGUUCAACACUCCUUUCGCCAACUCGGGCACGGGCGACAAGAUCGAGCUAAACGAAGAAGAGGCCCUGCUUAUCAUCAGGCGUCUGCAUAAAGUGCUCCGGCCUUUCCUGCUGCGUCGUCUGAAGAAAGAUGUGGAGAGCGAGCUGCCGGAUAAGGUGGAAAAGGUGAUCAAGAUCAGAAUGUCUGCUUUGCAAAGCCAGCUGUACAAGCAGAUGAAGAAACACAAGAUGAUCGCCGAUGGCAAAGAUUCGAAAGGUGUCAAAGGUCUGAGCAAUGAGCUCAUGCAACUGCGCAAAAUUUGUCAACAUCCAUUCUUGUUUGAGAGUGUGGAAGAUAAAAUUAGUCCCGGUGGUUAUAUCGACGACAAGCUUAUCAGAACAUCGGGCAAGAUCGAACUGCUGAAUCGUAUCCUACCUAAAUUCUUUGCUACGAAUCACAGAGUCCUUAUCUUCUUCCAGAUGACAAAAGUAAUGGACAUAAUGGAGGACUUUUUGAAGAUGAUGGGUUGGAAGUAUCUCCGUCUCGACGGUGGAACCAAAACCGAAGAACGUGCCUCCUUUGUGCAGCUGUUUAACGCUAAGGACUCCGAGUACAAAGUCUUCAUUCUCUCAACCAGAGCCGGAGGUCUCGGUCUGAAUCUUCAGACAGCUGAUACCGUCAUCAUCUUCGACAGUGAUUGGAACCCACACGCCGAUCUCCAGGCUCAGGAUCGUGCGCAUCGUAUCGGUCAGACCCAGGUUGUGCUCAUCCUGAGGUUCAUCACAGAGAAGAGUGUUGAAGAAGCUAUGUAUCAACGUGCACGGUACAAGCUCGAUAUCGACGACAAAGUCAUCCAGGCCGGUCGCUUCGAUAACAAGUCAACGCAAGAAGAACAGGAAGAAUUCUUGCGAUCCAUUUUGGAAGCCGAUCAAGAAGAAGAAAAUGAAGAAGCAGGUGAUAUGAAUGAUGAAGAGUUGAACGAGAUCAUCGCGCGUAAUGAAGAGGAGAACGCCAUUUUCCGUGAGAUGGAUGCCAAGCGCGAGCGAGAUAUCAUCGAGAACUGGCGCGCGGCCGGCAACCGAGGCAAGCCACCCCAACCACUCAUCCAGUUGGAGGAACUACCGGAAUGCUAUCAGACCGACCAACCGUUCGAGGUCAAGGAGGCGGACGAGAUCAAUGAAGGACGUGGACAGCGUCGUAGGAACGUUGUUAGUUAUAACGAUGGGCUCAGUGAUGACGCUUGGGCGAUGGCUCUUGAAGAGGGCGAGGAUAUUCAAGAACUCACAGAACGUGCUCGCGAUAAAAAGGAGCGUCGCGCCCAGAACAAGCUCCUGAAGGAGGACGUUUCUGGUCGGAAUACCCCAUCCUCAGAUGUUCUCGAUGGACGUGGUCGCAAACCCAAGAAGGGCAAGAACAAAGCCAACGAUUAUGAGCCUGGCACUGGCUCUAAACGUAAACGUGGUGUCAAAUCGAUGUCUGUCACCCCUGAAAUUGACGAUGACGACGACGAUGACCAUGAGAUCGUAAGAAAACGACGCAAGACGAAGACGAAUGGCAAGGAUAACGGUCCAGAAGUGCCUCCAGCCAUGCGCGAGAAGAUGAAGAAGGCGUUUAUGGAAUGCUACCGUGCUGUUCAAGCCUGUGAAGACGAGACUGGUCGAAAACGCUGCGAACUCUUCCGCGAACCUCCUGAUCGUCGAGACUAUCCUGAUUACUACCAGCUCAUCAAAGUUCCCAUGGCCUUGUCCAUUCUCCGAAAACGCGCUAGCUCAAACUAUUACAAAUCCGUGAUGACUUUCCGAGACGACUUCCAUUUGAUGUUCAACAACGCGAGGACGUACAACCAGGAAGGAUCGUGGGUCUACAUUGACGCCGAAGAGAUGGAGAAGGUCUUCAACGCUGCUUGGGACAGGAUCAUUGUAGGCAGUGACCUUCCCGGUGCGCCCCCCGCACCAGGUACAGGCUCUGCGACAGGCUCGUAUGCUUCGGCCUUGACUCCCAUGGACGACGACGAGCGCCCACCGCCGCCCACUCGCGGUCGAAGCACUGGUAGGAAACAAGUCCUCAGCGACGAGGAAUACCUCACACCCAGCGACGAAGAGUGA